AUGCAUUCUAUGAUAGUUGUUAUAUCUUUCUUGGCGAUAGCUAGUUUUCAUCUAGCACUGGCUAACCCUUUAUCACAAUUAUUUGGUACAAUCAAUAGUGAAACACCACCAUUUGAUAUUGUUAGUAAAGGUUCUAAAUAUGAAGUACGUCGUUAUCGUUCACAAUUAUGGGCACAAGUUGAUUAUACUGUUGAGGCAUCAACUGAUUUUGGUGAUAAAUUAUCCAUUGGAUUUCGACCACUUUUUCAAUACAUAACAGGCAAAAAUGAAAAAAAACAAAAAAUUCCAAUGACAAUACCUGUCAUUAUGCAACAAUUAGAUUCUGACUCUGGUCGUCGACGUAUGGCAUUUAUUAUGCCAGCAAGUCAAUUUUCAACACUCGAUCAAUUACCUAAACCAAUAGAUACUAAUGUAAAACUUGUUGCUAUUAAUGAUCCAUUACUAUUGGCUUGUAUUAAAUUUAAUAUGAAUUUAACAAGUAAACGAGUUACUGCAAGAGAAACAGAACUUCGAAAAGCAACUGAAGUUGAUCAUAUUCAAUUAAUUAAUGAACAAGCAUCUAUUCGUGUUGGCGGUUAUAAUCCACCUUGGACAUUACCUUGGUUUCGUACUAAUGAUUUAUGUAUACCACUUGUCAAUCAAGCUUGA